AUGUCGGACCUCAAGCUAGAUCUGUCAGCAGAUACUGAGAGCUCCAUCGCCGCGUUGUUUCAACCGUCUGUGUCUUCAACAAUGACGUCUUACCAACCAUCACCUGAGACUACGACUAUGUCACUCUUUGGAAGUCAACAUGUUGAUGAUAGUGUAACUAAUGCCACAGAUUCCUGGGUUCAGACAAUACAAAAGCACGGCAUGAGCCAAUCUGGCCAAACGUCACCUACACAAAUGACCCAGCAUCAAAGGACGCAAUCGAUCACAGAUACUGACUUUGACGAAUGUGUCGUUUCGACUGGUGUCACUGCAGAUGAUAUUGCAGCCUUCAUCCAAGGGCCUUUUCCAGACGAUUCGAAGUGGCGGUGUCUUUACAAAGAACGAGACGGAGAGGAAUGUGGUAAGAGAUUCGCGAGAAAGGAGAACGCCAAGUCACAUGUCCAGACCCAUCUUGGUGAUCGACAGUACGCUUGUACAGUGUGUAGAACUCGCUUCGUCAGGCAGCACGACUUGAAACGACAUUUCAAGAUUCAUACAACUGAGAAACCACAUCGAUGUCCUUGUGGCAAGGACUUUCACAGACAUGACGCACUGACAAGACAUCGACAGCGCGGAAUGUGUAUCGGCGCAUUUGAGAACUCGCCUAAGAAGUCUGUGAAGCGUGGACGACCCAAAAAGGCCCGACCAAGCUCCGAAGAGCGAGCAGAAAAAGCUGCACAGACCAGGCAACGUAUCAUAGAGAAAACUUAUCCCGGCUCUACUUACGCAUCGUCCAUCUCAGGCUCGUCUGACGACUCGCAUGAUAGCCCGCCCAGCUUUGACAACUUCAGUAACCCAGCGUCAAGCCCGCCUCUGAGUCACAAGGGUCUUGACAGCAUCACUUUCUCUUACCCAUCUUAUCAGCCGCUGACUCCGCCAACCUCCCCUACCCGCGGGUCCGACAAGUCAUACUCAACCCCCUACUCUCAAGAAUCCUACACACCUAAACCCGCGAGCCGUAGCCCCUCGCCGAAGAUCACAAGCAUGCCAGAGGAAACGCAACACUUCAGUAUGGAGUCCAUCGAAUCAGGCAAUGACUGCUACCAGAGUAGCCCUCCCGAAUUAGAGCUUUCGUCCUCAUCGCCGGCCACUUCGAAUCUUAACUUCGCGUGUAUAUCUUCUGAGGCGUCCCACCCCAGCUUACCCCUUGAUCAAGCAAUGGACUGUCUGAAUCCUCAGAUCCUAGACGGAGAUUUCCAGCUUUACGGUGGAUCAAGUAAGGAAUCACCGGCAUCCGAAUUGGACACCUUCUUUGACUUUGGCGAAUUUCAAUCUUCUGCCACGGAGCAAAAGCGCCAGCCGAACGACCCGUUGCUUGGGCGUGAGUUUUUUGGGAACAGCUUCAUGAAUGAACCAGAAGAUCCGUUUGUUGACUUUUAA